AUGUUGAUCGUCGACCUGCCGCGAGUCAUCCAGAUCCUGAAAGAAACAUCAGGCACAGAAGGCAUGAACGUGCGUGUGAGGAAGUCUGAAGACUACAACAGAUUAACGGAGGGUAUCAUUGUCAACGAUAACAUUGUGAAAGUGCUCCUCAAAGAUCUGUAUCUUUCGAAUCUUGACAAACCGUACUUGAAAGACCCUGAAGUGUCUUUCGAUCUCGGCUCGCACGUGCUUUCGAUGGAGUCGAAAGUCAGCAGAAUGUUCAUCACUGCUGAAUACCAGCUGUUCAGGAACCUGUCAGACGUGACGUACAGUUCCUUGGGGUACGAAAACUCACCGUUCAACCUUCAAAAGGUUCAGAACGAAGGAGAAGUUACUAUUGUGGCCGAGGACUGCCUCCUGACUGGGUUAACGAUAGCGACGCUGCAUGGUGAUACAGUGAAUUUGGGACAUGAUUCUUUCAAACUUAGGGAUUGCAGGUUUUCCGUAGAGAUAACUACCCCUGGACUGGGGUCGCCGCCAGUAAUCGCACCAUAUUUUUCAGAACAGCAAGGCAUGGAGCUGGAAUUGCUUUUGAUACGGCCGAUACGAGGAGAAUUGAUGCCAAAACUGCAAGGGGCUGUAUAUACUUACGUAAACACUUCGGCCAUGUUUGGAGAGCUCUUACCUAAGAUUCGUAACGGACAAAAUAAAUUGUUCAAGACGGUCGGGCAGUUUAUGACUUACGUAACAAGAUACGUAAACCAGAUGACGGUCACUAAAGAUGGUGGAAUUGUAAAAUGGGAGGACGUCACUAUUAGUUGGAACGAUAAGCAUGAGGGGCAGCUCCAAGAACACAAAGUAGUUCUAAGGGAUAUGGUGGUCAGUGGUUUGGACUCCGCAUACUCGGCUCAGAAGGGAGGCCCGUAUAUCAAGUCUUUUGUGAAAAUAGACGACACUGUCAGGUUUAGUGCUUUACAGAUACGGGGAGUUCUCUCUUUCAGCAUAGGCUCAGCUCAAAGCGAGUACGUAUUCUAUGGCGAAGUCCAAGAUAUCGCGUCCUAUGUGUCCAUUGGGGUGGCUUUAAGGUCUAAACAAACGAAAGAUAAAAAUAUCGAGCUUAAGCCUUUCAAAUCUUUAGCUAGUUUCGAAGUGACGGGCUGGAGAAACUUGGACUUACACGCUCCUGUAGUGCCAAAAAUAUCUCCACGUGCAUUGAUAUCGGGUGUGAUUCUAAAAGAAUUGCCGCACCUGAUAAUACAGCGUCUAUCCCGGGUGUUCAGUGAAGCUGUUUCCGAUGCUGAUAAGAAAAUUAAGACGAAUACUUGUUUUCUUGCUCUUUGCAUCGGUUAG